CACAGAAAUUCGUAGUCGUCUCGGUUGGUGCAGCGUCCGUUCCGCGAAAAUUGUAAAAUAGAGAAGUAAAUCGCAAAUAUAUUGUAAAAAAGUUAUUGGAAACAGUAAAUAUGCGAAAACGUAAGCUGUAUUUGCUUUGAUUGAGUGUAGAAAAGCGCAGCCAACCGCAUAUUGACAAGGAAUUGCAACCUUAUUUUUUGGAGCUGAAGUCUAAAAAGCACAGCCUAACAACCUAACAUGGAUAUGCAAGUCAAGCAUACAGAUUAGCUGAAUGAUUUGAAUUUCAAAUUCAACAUCCUAAUUUACUAUUAAUUAGUCUAUUAGACUAGCCCCCAAGCGGCUACAAGCCAUAACAACAAGUGAAGUUUAGUAACAAUUAAUACAAGUGCGUAGUAGAAAAAAAAAACAAAAAACAAUUUAAAUAAAAUAACAAACAAGGAGAGAGAAUUGUAACAACUAGCAAGUGCAACCAUGACGACCGACACCCGCCGACGUGUAAAGCUCUACGCUCUGAAUGCAGAUCGACAGUGGGAUGAUCGCGGCACUGGCCAUGUCUCCUCGACAUAUGUGGAGCGGCUUAAAGGCACAUCGCUUUUGGUGCGAGCCGAGUCCGAUGGUUCGUUGCUUUUGGAAAGCAAAAUACAGCCGGAUACAGCCUAUCAAAAGCAGCAGGACACAUUAAUAGUUUGGUCCGAAGGCGAUAAUUUUGAUUUGGCGUUAAGCUUUCAAGAAAAGGCCGGUUGUGAUGAGAUUUGGGAAAAGAUCUGUCAGGUGCAAGGCAAAGAUCCAUCUGUAGAGAUAACACAGGACAUUGUUGAAGAAUCGGAAGAUGAACGUUUCGAGGAUAUGUCCGAUACAGCACCGCCCAUAGAGCUACCGCCAUGCGAAUUAUCGCGACUUGAAGAUAUAUCCGAGACAAUACAGAGUUGUUUAUCUACACCGUUGCGCAAGGAGAAGCUCUCCAUGGCCUUGGAAUCGGAGAACUAUAUCAAAAAGCUGUUGAAUCUAUUUCAUGUCUGCGAAGAUCUAGACAACACCGAAGGCCUGCAUCAUCUAUUCGAGAUUUUUAAGAAUAUUUUUUUGCUGAAUAAGAACGCUCUUUUUGAGAUUAUGUUUGCUGACGAUACCAUUUUCGAUGUGGUUGGCUGUCUUGAGUACGAUCCUAGUGUUGCACAGCCCAAGAAGCAUCGACAAUAUCUAAAGCAAUGGGCCAAGUUUCGAGAAGCAGUGCCCAUCAAGAAUCAAGAUCUUUUGGCCAAAAUUCAUCAAACGUUUCGUGUACAAUAUAUACAGGAUAUAAUAUUACCCACGCCAUCAGUUUUUGUUGAGGACAACAUGUUGAAUACGUUAUCCAGUUUUAUAUUCUUCAAUAAGGUGGAGAUUGUAACGCUUAUACAAGAGGAUGAACGCUUUCUGCUUGAUGUGUUCACACUGCUCACCGAUCCGACCACUGGCGAUGUCAAGCGCCGUGAUAUUGUAUUGUUCUUAAAAGAGUUUUGCAAUUUUGCACAGAAUUUGCAGCCACAGGCCAAGGAUUCGUUUUACAAAACGCUCACCUGCCUGGGCAUACUGCAAGCUUUGGAGCUAACGCUAGUUAUGAGCGAUUGCAAAACAAAGUCGGCAUCCAUUGAUAUACUUACGGCAAUUGUAGAAUUCUCACCGCUGGUUGUUCGAAACUAUACAUUGAACCAGGCCAAUCGACCUGAGGGCGAGCGGAUGUUGCUUAACAUUGCCAUAGAGCAAAUGUUAAACGAUGCGGAGCCAGAGUUGGGCAUUGCAGUGCAGCUUAUGGGCAUUAUUAAGAUACUGCUGGAGCCUGAGAAUAUGUUGACUGAGAAGGGUGAUUUUCUAAACUUUUUCUACAAGUACAGCGUCCAAACACUUGUUGCGCCUUUGAUGUUAAACACAACGGGCGAUCGUCCACAGAAUGAAGAUUAUCAGACAGCACAGUUGCUUGGCAUCGUAUUGGAUAUAUUGUCAUUCUGCGUUGAGCAUCAUAGCUAUCAUAUUAAGAAUUUUCUAUUGCAAAAAGAUCUCCUCAAACGCAUACUGGUGCUAAUGAAGAGCACACAUACGUUCCUUGUUCUAGGCGCUUUAAGACUGCUGCGCAAAAUAAUUGCACUCAAAGAUGAGCUAUAUAACAGACACAUUGUUAAAUGUAAUCUUUUUGCGCCUGUUGUGGAUGCGUUUAUACGUAAUAAUGGUCGUUAUAAUCUGCUCGAAUCGGCUAUUUUGGAAUUGUUUGAGUUUAUAAAACUCGAAGAUAUACGCACAUUGUGUGUAUAUUUCGUAGAGAACUUUAGCAAAAUAUUUGAUGAAAUCGAAUAUGUGCAGACAUUUAAAUACCUUAAGAAUCGUUAUGAUCAGUAUCAAGAUCGACCAAAAGAUCGCGAUAAGUUGGAGAACCGCACAGAUGGCAACAGCCUGCCUAUGAUACGCAGUGGCGGACGUUUCCGACGUGAUCAGCGUCAAAUGGAGGAGGAAGAAGAGAUGUGGUUCAAUGAGGAAGAUGAUUUCACCGAGGAUAUUGACAGCUACAAUGCCAUGAAACCUGCUGAAAAGAAUGGCGCGCAAGCAGCAAAUCCGAAUCAGAAAUCGCCGCCUCACAGCACUUCACCACUCCAUACUGGUGCAGCUGGUGGUUUGUUAGGCAACUUGAAUUCCACGGCAACGGCAACAGUAACGUCCAGCACAGUAACUGCGUCGGCGGCCAGUGGCAGCAGCAGUCCGGAGGCAGCACCCAGCGUCGAUGAGCAAACACAGGCUGCAGUACAGUUAGCUGCUGCCGCCAAUAUUGCCCUGCAACAACAACAACAGCAGCAACAGCAUGCAUUCCAGCAGCAACAACAGACGUUGUCAUUAAAUAGCACAAUUGUAGCUGCAGCUACGGCUGCCGUUGCUGUAGCAUCCACAUCAUCAAAUGCUGCUGCGGCGGCGCAAUUAGAGAGCCAACAGCUGCAGCAACAACAACAGCCACAGCCCGUGAUUUCGGAUCUGCAGCAGCAGUUACCACAAACCCCGGAGCUAGUACUGUCGCCCGCAGAAGUUGCGUCCUUGUCAACGUCAUCCACGCUGGAAGGUGCGACAACGUCAGCGGCCGCUGUUGCGCUCUGUGACUCAGCAACUGCCACGGCUGCUGCAGCCGCUGUUGCAGCCUCGCAGUUUUUAACAACAUUCGCAUCAGCAAUGGUCGCUUCGGUUACAGCGGCUGCGAGCACACCCAGCCUUGCAGAUGUUGAGGACAACGCGAGUGAACUGCCGUCAGUGUCAGACUCAAUCACUAGCUGCACAUCUGCCGAUGAGCAGUUAAAGGUGGAGCAGAUCAAGGAGGCGCUCAUCGCCGAAACUUUUAGUGAGGUUGACAAAAUGGAUAAAAAACCCGGAUUGGUUGACUAUGAAAGCGAUUCUGGUGAGGAUGAUUACGAGGAUGAUGAAGACUCUGCUGGCCCUCUAGCUCAAAAGCGUGCCCGUAUCGCAUAGUAAGCAGGCGUUUAGUACAGUGGAAUCAAUUACAUACACACGAGCACACACAGACACACACACACACAUAUAUAUAUACAACCAACGAAUGUUAGGCUUAAAAACAGUGAGCGCGAAGGCCGAACAGCAAAAGCAACAACAGCAACAGCAACAACAACAAUUAACAAUGUUAAAUCGAAGAAGAAGCACAUGAUCAACUUAACCGUAGAGAAGUGUACGGAUAAUCUGGAAGUUGAACAGUUGGGCGGGGCUGAUUACCUCCUCCGUCAUGCUUGCUUUUAAGCAAUCAUGUUAGACUAACAAGCAUAACGUAUAAAAUUACAAUUUUAGCAUAAACAUUUAUUUUAAUUCAAGCAAACAAGCAAGCAAAACAAAAAAAAAAAAGAAAAGAGGAAACCCCUUCUAAGUAAAACAAGAAAUUAUAAAUCUUACUUUACUAAAUUAAAACAAACCAUUCAAAAAAUAUUUAUA